UGUUUGGUGGAGCACGUUUUGUUUACUUUUUCCUUUCCCGUCCAAAAACCGGUUCAAUCACGCAAAGGGCGGUCUAGAGAGAAAAGCCGAAAACUCUCUUCCUUUCUUUGGAAUGGAUCCGUGAAUAACGUAAACGAGGAAAGAGAGGAGGAGGAGGAGAAGAAGAAGAAGAAGCAGACGACUACGAGGAAGACCAAGUUGCUCACGAAGGGAUCCGUUUGAGUGGAAUUGGAACAGUGCUUGGAGAAGUUUGUCGACGUGAACACCUCGCUCAGCACUUGACCUCCAUGAUCUUUGUUUGGGAAAGAUUCUGUGAGUUAGGUGUUUGUUCCAAGACUCCCAAGAUCCAAUGCGAGGGAUUGGUGAACCAUCAAGGGGAUCAAGCAAGAGGCAAUUUUGUGCUCGAGGUCAAAUCUUGACUUCAGGUUGAAAAAAGUUGAGUUCCCAUCUCAAGGGAUUUUUAUCGCCGAGAGGGUCCAAAAACAAAAGGAAACCAUGGCAAGGCAUGUUUUGAGGCAGGGAACAAAGACCUUUGCCUUAUGAAGUAAUGCAUUUGGAGCCACAACAAUGUAGAUGAGAAUAGACGAGAAUAGCUCCCAAGGCACGAUAAGUGUGAGCAUCAUUCACUUCACCUUGAGUUGUGCGGGGGAUCUUCUUCUGCGGGUCCAUGAAUGAAUGUGGCGUACAUCUCCAGCUUCUUCUCGAUUACUUCUCCUUCUUCUUCAUCCUCCAUCAUCAAAAAGCCAGUCCCAACUACGAGAGAAAACCCAGCGGCGGUCCUGGGACCAUUAAGCGUAGAGGAUAUUUCUUCUCGUUCCACUCGAUCCUCCUCACCUUUUGCCUCCACGGACUUUGAAUGGGACCCAGACGAACCUUGGGCUCGACUGCUCCUCAGGAAAGAGAGCCUUGGUGGCCUUCGUCAAUCUAAGAGGGAUGUGGCGAAAUGUUGGCAGGAUGCUGGCUGAUCGUUAGUACACAUCAAGAGGAUGAGUCGACCUGCUUCCCGAAUUGGUGCUAUUACUCGGGGUACCCGUGGAACACCGUUGCUUUGGGUGGAAAUGAAAGAAGUGGCUGGGAACUUUUGAUCUCACCUCGGAGAGACAUUUGAGACCAUGCACCAUGAAAAGGACGCGACCGUAAAGAGAGAGUGAGAGAGGGACGAGCUUCUACUGAGAACGGACCUGCCGUUCCAACCGUCCGAGUUCCCAAGACCAACGGCCUUGAGUGUCGAAGCUCUUUACGCCGGCAUAAAUUAAUCGACCCUGUGGGGGACUUGGGAGCAGUAGUGCCACAAGAUGAACUUCUCUUACCCGGACGUAUUUAAUGGGCCUGAUGAAGAUGACUACUUUUCCUAUACGAGUGUCAACAACAUCCACACGAACAUGUCUCCUGCAACUGUGGAACCACCUUCGGCCUUUGAUCUCUCGGUUUACAAGAUGCACAGUGCUCGGAUGGUGGUUAUGGAGAUGGGGAUCGCCUUCUUUGGCAUCGUCUUCAAUUUGAUCGUGCUCAUUUCUAUUCGGGAAAAGGAGUCGCUCCUGAACUCGACCAUUAACGUGGUCUUGGCCAAUUUGUGCUUUGCCAAUCUCGUUUCGGCUGUGUUUGUCAAGUCGAUUGCGGUGAUUUACAACGGAUACGCCGUGGCCGCCGCCCUCUGGGAGGUCAAUUUGGCCUUCUGCACAAUCCACACGAUCACUUUUAGAGCCACUUGGGCCGUGUUUCCUUAUUCGAUUGUGGUGCUGUGCUGGCAUGGACUGAUUCAUCGAGUGGACCGGAUAUUCGGCAAGACGCCCGUCGACAUGGACGACGAGGCUCUCGACGACUCCUCAAGGGCGGCCAUGGCUCGAAUUGGCUUCCAAUCCACCGCCCCAGCGGGUGGGCCACCUCCAUCGGGCAUGGAAAAACAACUCUCCACCGAGUCCGAUCACGAUAAGGCCAGUCUAAGGCCACCCUCCAUGAUCAGCGGAGUCAUGGUCAAACAGAGCUCAAUCGAGGUGAACACGGAAACAGAGGAGAUGCUGCCCAAGAAGAGCAGUUAUCUGGAUGAGGACGAGGACGAGUACAAUGAUGGAUUGACGGCUCGACAAAAGAUCGCCUUGGGAUUCAUUUGGUUCACGUCGGGGGUGUACUCGAUUCUCUCUGACCAAGUCCUGUCCAAGGAGCGAUUUGUUCCAUGUACCUUGAGGCAGGAGCUGCACGAGAAGAUGAACAUGAUCUCAUUGAUUGCAGCCAUCCCUCUGCCCAUUCUGAUUGGACCCAUUCUCUGUCCGAUCAUUCACGUCUUCCUCUCGGUCUGCAGCGUCUGCUGCAAGUCGUUCCUCAAAUCCAAAGGGUACAACAACAACGCUCAACACGCUGAGUCCCCUCAGCCUUUGGACUGCAAGACCAUUUUCAUCGAGUUCAGCCUGAUUGUGAUCUUUAUCUCGAUAUUCCUGGUCACUUACCCCACACAUAUGUACGUGACCGAGGUGUACCUGGCCUCUGUGGAAACCCACUUCGCCUUCAUGGCUUUCAAAUACUGCUUUGGUUGUCUCCACUUGGUGGCCUUGCCCAUUGCCAUCCUCGUGGUCCGCUCAGACAUCCGGAGAGCAGCCACCGAAGUGUACUUGAAGAAGUCCUCGCCCUCGGACAACGAAAUCACUUUUGAGCAACUCCAGACGCAUAUCGGGAUCGGAGUAGAGCCCGGGUCUUAAUGAGAGAAACUGUUAUCAUGACGACUACAACGACGAUGAUGAAAAUGAUGAUGUUAGACGAGUGAAUUAAUGUAUUUAACGCAGGUCCCAUUCUCUCCUGGCUCUCCUUCUCCCAUUACUCCCAAACACCUAACAUCGAGAAUAAAUCAUGAUCCUUUUGGAA